ACACACACACACACUCAUACACAGUACUCCCCCCCCUCUCUCUCUCAUUGCAUCCAUUUUUGUGCAUUAAAGAAAUCUCCAAGAAUUACUAACCUGGAGGAAGGCGAGCUAAGCAGAGUGACGGAGGAGGGUUAAGGACCCCAGAGGCUGACAAAUAAGGACGGACCAGGCAUCUUUUAUUCCAACAUGCGAGUGAAACCCCUCUAAGGGAUGGCAGCGAUGGGUUAGACAGGAUUUAACAUGACUGCAAAAUAAAAGCCACUGUGUGUAAAAGAUGUCUGCUCCACACGGGCCCAGGGGCGGCCCUGGCCCUGCUGCUGCUACUCCCUCAGCGGCCGGCGCCAUGCCGGAGAUGCCGGACCUCAGCCACCUCACCGAGGAGGAGAGGAAGAUCAUCCUCGGCGUCAUGGACCGACAGAAGAAGGAGGAAGCGAAGGAGCAGUCUAUGCUAAAGAUCAAAGAAGAACCAAAGCCUCAGCCGGCACAGUGGUUUCCCUUUAGUGGGAUCACUGAGCUGGUAAAUAACGUUCUUCAGCCCCAGCAAAAGUCCCCAAAUGACAAGGAGCCAGAGCAAAAUGCAAAAUUGCACCAGCAGUUUGAGUCAUAUAAGGACCAGGUUAAGAAGAUGGGGGAGGAGACAAAGCAGGGUCAGGACCAGAAGAGCGAAGCCCCAACCUGCGGGAUCUGCCACAAAACCAAGUUUGCCGAUGGCUGUGGCCACCUCUGUUCAUAUUGCCAAACGAAAUUCUGUGCUCGGUGCGGAGGACGAGUGUCUCUGCGGUCAAAUAAGGAGGACAAAGUGGUUAUGUGGGUAUGCAACUUGUGCCGAAAACAACAAGAAAUCCUCACCAAAUCGGGGGCAUGGUUCUACGGCUCGGGGCCUGAUCAAGCGCGGGGUGUGUUUGAGGGUGGGCCACAGGGGAAGAAGGCCAAACUGCAGGACCCGUCCCUAUACCCCUACCAGGGAGCCUCAGGAGACUUGACACCAGCGUCAGACAGAAACAGACCUCACGGCGGGCUCCUGCCCAGACAGGCGUCCCUUGACAACGGUUCAGGGCUAAGGAAACGAAGCCCGUCUGCAUCCAGGGAUCCAAACCAAAAAUACGACCAAAGGGAGGGGGGCGAUCACUCACAGUAUGCCCCGACGGACGGCGGCAUGCCUAGAUCACCGUCUGACUAUGGGGAGGGGGACCCUCGGCGGGCUCCGCGGGGCCCACACAUGUACUCAGACAUGGAUGCAGCGCGAAUGGGCUAUCGGGACCGUCGAGGUCCCGGUCGCUGGCACUCACAGGAAUACCCACUCGACCAGGAGCUAGAUGGACCGCCCAGUGAGUAUGACCUCCAGCGGCAGCGCCAGGAAGAGUUCCAGGCACGCUAUCGCAGCGAUCCCAACCUGGCACGCUACCCUGUUAAGCCGCAGCCCUACGAGGAGCAGAUGAGGAUGCACGCUGAAGUGGGCCGGCUAAGGCACGAGCGUCGCCACAGCGACGUCUCCCUGGCCUACACGGAGCAAGAUGAGCCCAGCCCCAUCCGGCUGUCGCGUCAGCUUCUCACUGAGCGCCGGCCGCCUAUGGUGGGACAGCGCUCCUACUCCGUUGACCGGUCCUCACCAGGGCCAAUGGGUCCUGGCCUCGGAGGCCACAGAGGAAACCACAGCCCCCCAACGCCACACCGUAGUCCCGUUCUGGGUGACCGGUCGGGGGACCUGCGAAGAGGAGACCUGGGGGUAGGUGGGGAUAUGAUGAGGAGGCCGCAGCACCACUUGGACCCCAGUUCAGCUGUCCGCAAGACCAAGAGGGAGAAAAUGGAGAGCAUGUUGAGGAACGACUCUCUUAGCUCAGACCAGUCGGAGUCGGUGCGUCCGCCGCCCCCCAAGCCCCACAAAACCAAAAAGGGAGGGAAGAUGAGGCAGGUGUCACUGAGCAGCUCGGAGGAGGAGCUGGCCACCACGCCGGAGUACACCAGCUGUGAGGAUGUGGAGAUAGAGAGUGAGUCAGUUAGUGAAAAAGGGGACAGUCAAAGGGGAAAAAGAAAAACUAUUGAGCAGGCAUUUAUGUCCGAGGCGACACACACCUUAUCUGAGAGGCAAAAGAAAAUGGUGCGCUUUGGGGGACACUCAUUUGAAGAGGACUUGGCAUGGUGUGAACCGCAGGUUAAAGACUCGGGAGUUGAUACGUGCAGUAGCACUACGCUAAACGAGGAGCAUAGCCAUAGUGAGAAGCACCCAGUGACGUGGCAGCCAUCCAAAGAUGGGGAUCGCCUAAUAGGGCGCAUUUUGCUCAACAAGCGCAUGAAAGAUGGAAGUGUGCCCCGAGACUCAGGUGCUCUGCUCGGUCUGAAGGUGGUGGGAGGCAAGAUGACAGAAUCUGGUAGACUUUGUGCUUUCAUCACUAAAGUGAGGAAAGGAAGUCUAGCAGACACUGUUGGACACCUCAGACCAGGAGAUCAGGUGUUGGAGUGGAACGGGAAGCUUUUACAAGGAGCCACAUUUAAAGAAGUUUACAAUAUCAUACUAGAAUCCAAGCCGGAGCCGCAGGUGGAGCUGGUGGUCUCGCGGCCUAUAGGAGAUAUUCCAAGGAUACCAGACAGCACACACUCACAACUGGAAUCAAGUUCGAGUUCUUUCGAGUCUCAGAAGAUGGACCGUCCUUCCAUCUCUGUCACUUCUCCUAUGAGUCCCAGCAUGCUGAGGGACGCCCCCCAGUACCUGUCAGGACAGCUCUCAAGCCAAAGCCUUAGUAGAAGAACACCGCCUUUUGCCCCUAGGGUCCAGGUCAAACUGUGGUAUGACAAAGUGGGCCAUCAGCUAAUCGUCACCAUCCUGGGUGCUAAAGACCUGCCACCCAGGGAAGACGGCCGGCCCAGGAACCCUUACGUCAAAAUCUAUUUCCUCCCUGACAGAAGUUUGAAUUAUUGUUCCUCCAGUGACAAAAGCAAGAGGAGAACAAAAACAGUAAAGAAAUCCUUAGAGCCCAAAUGGAACCAGACCUUUAUGUACUCGCCGGUGCACCGGCGGGAGUUUCGGGAACGUAUGCUGGAGAUCACAUUGUGGGACCAAGCCAGGGUGAGGGAGGAGGAGAGCGAAUUCCUGGGAGAGAUCCUGAUUGAGCUGGAGACGGCUCUUCUCGAUGACGAGCCACACUGGUACAAGCUACAAACACACGACGUGUCAUCUAUCCCACUCCCACGUGCCUCCCCGAACGCACAGCGCCGGCAGCUCCACGGAGAGAGUCCAACGCGGCGACUGCAGAACAAAGGCUCUUAUUCACACAACUCAGGAUCCCAAAGGAUAAGUGACAGUGAGAUCUCAGACUAUGAUUGUGAAGACGGCGUUGGGGUAAUAACAGACUACCGGCCAAAUGGCAGAGACUUCCAGAGCUCCACGUUGUCGGUCCCCGAGCAGGUGAUGUCUUCUAACCACUGCUCUCGGUCAGCUGAUAUAAACAGGGUGCGGUCGCGCUCUCCCAGCGUUCCCCCACCCUCCAGCCAUUUUCUCACCCUACCUCGAACCAGACAUACUCAGCCUAUUGAUGACCCUCAGAAGGACCCCAGCCGCAACCAUCGUGUGUAUCCGAUCUGCCGCGAGGAAGCAGUCAGGUUACUGCGUUCCACUAGGAUGACCCGUGCCUAUUCAGAGGGUGCCUACUCCUCCGACUAUGACUACGAGAGGAGCCACGGAGCCAUGGAUAGACACGAGUAUCACAGCAGGUCCCGCUCUGCAGACCAGCGGCCCACUAUAGAGCGCCCCACGUCCCGCUCGCGCUCCACUGAACGCCCCCACGACUCUUCGCUCAUGAGGUCCAUGCCUUCUCUGCCAUCUGGGAGGUCCGCCCCCCCCUCACCUGCCUUGACGAGGGCACAUCCGCGUAGUGGAUCCGUCCAGACCAGUCCCACAAGUACCCCUAUGUCCAGUAGACGAGGUCGGCAACUCCCACAGCUUCCACCCACAGGCAAAGACAGAAAAGAUGGAGACGAAGGAACAGAGCCUUGUGAAGGUAUGGACAUGGAGGAGAGGACCAGACAAAUGAAACUAAAGAUGAACAAGUACAAGCAGGGAGCUGGUUCUGACUCAAGACUGGAGCAGGACUACCACAAGCGUUCAGGCAGAGAUCCACGGGGCUCCGACAACUUGUCAGCCAAGUCGUCGGACAGUGAUGUAAGCGACGUGUCCGCUGUGUCGAGAACCAGUAGUGCCUCUCGGUUCAGCAGCACGAGCUACAUGUCUGUCCAGUCAGAAAGGCCGCAAGGAAACCGCAAGAUCCGCCAGUUGCGAUCGAGGAGCCAUUCUCGGGAGGGGGAUGAGCAGUUAGGAGAAGUGAGGGAGGAAGAGGAGGCAGGAGAAAAAGGCAGAGGGGCUAGUAAAGAAGGAAGGGUGCAGAGAGGGGGGAAGGGGUGGGAGGGAAAGGUAGACGCAGGCGAAGAGCAUCAGAAGGAUUUGGUGGAGAAAGAAGAGGACUUGCACCAAAGGAGUAUCUCAGAGACUGACCUCAGGCAGAUGGGCUCGUCGGGUGGGAUGAACAUGACCAAGAGCACAAGCAUCAGUGGCGACAUGUGUAACCUGGAGAAGACGGACGGCAGUCAGUCGGACACGGCGGUUGGCACGGUAGGCACUGACGACAAGAAGAGGCGCUCCAGCAUUGGUGCCAAAAUGCAGGCCAUGGUUGGCAUGUCGCGCAAGAGCCGGAGUACCUCUCAACUCAGCCAAACAGAAGCGGGAGGUAAAAAGUUGCGCAGCACUAUCCAGAGGAGCACAGAGACAGGCCUGGCGGUGGAGAUGAGAAGCAGGAUGACUCGGCAGGCCAGCAGGGAGUCCACAGACGGAAGCAUGAACAGCUACAGCUCCGAGGGAAAUCUCAUCUUCCCUGGUGUGAGGCUGUCCUCAGAUGCCCAGUUCAGCGACUUCCUGGAUGGUCUUGGCCCUGCUCAGCUGGUUGGGCGACAGACAUUGGCUACUCCCCCUAUGGGAGACAUCCAGAUUGGCAUGGUGGAGAAGAAAGGUGCACUGGAGGUGGAGGUCAUCAGAGCCCGUGGCCUUGUGGGAAAACCAGGUUCCAAGGCACUGCCAGCGCCGUAUGUAAAGGUCUACCUUUUGGAAAACGGAGUCUGCAUAGCCAAAAAGAAAACUAAAGUAGCAAGAAAAACUUUGGAUCCUCUUUAUCAGCAGCAACUGCCGUUUGAGGAGAGUCCAGGAGGGAAGGUUUUACAGGUCAUCGUAUGGGGUGACUAUGGACGUAUGGACCAUAAAUCAUUCAUGGGAGCAGUUCAGAUACUGUUAGAUGAGCUGGACCUGUCCAACAUGGUGAUUGGCUGGUACAAGCUCUUUCCUCCUUCCUCACUGGUGGACCCUACUCUGGCCCCACUGACAAGAAGAGCUUCCCAAUCCUCACUGGACAGUUUCUCUCGAUCAUAGCAGCGUGUGGACUGAUAGCGUUGUUGUAGCAGCCAGUGUUGCGAUUACAGGUCACGCCCCCCCGGUUACACUGCAUGCUUGAUGUUGUGUCCUCUGAGCCUGUUUCUAGGGGUGCAAACGUGAUCCUGUGUUUUGAGCAAAAACGUCACGCACACUGUGCACGUGGCGAAGCGUAUCGCGAGCGCCUGGUAGCAGGGAUUGCCAGGUGUUGUUGUUGUUGUUUGGAGGAAGCCGGAAUGAACUCCUUAGCACGAGGAAUCCGUCAAUUCCAGGUUUUCAUCCAAUUCGAAGCCAUGGGGGUCAACACUGGGAACCUCUGAAUGAGUUCUACAGAAGCCCUUUUCGAAUGAAAAAUCUGUGUGUUGCUUGAUUUUUUUUCCUGUUUCAUUUUCAUUUCUUUUAUUUACUUUUUUCUUUAAAUGUCGGUGUACUUGUAUCUGAAGGGGGUGACAGUGUUUCUAACCAGAUGCUUGGUCACGCCACGCCAACAGACCUAGCCGUGUAGAUGGAGUUUUUGAGACCAUCACUUUGGGUGAGGUGUGUCCCAGCUUGUAACCACACUCCCACAGACCCCAAAAAGAAAAACCCUGCAUACUCUACAUAUAUCUACCCGAUCAACCCAUACUGGUAAAGCACCGUAAAAAGAUUAAUCAAAGGCCACUUUAAAGUGGCUGCCCUCAACACCCCCUUCCCCCAAAAAAUAAAGAAAUACAGUAACAAUCCAAACUCCAUGAAAAGAUGUACAAUCUUACCAUAUUUCUUUCUCUGUUGAUAUAUUGUAUGAAAAUUAAAUGAGAUUUUCCUUUUCCCUUUUUUUAGUUUCUUUGCAUGGACACAAAUUUAGCUGAAUAAAAAAAGAAAGAAGAAAAUUAUUUUCUUGAGGCUGUAACUUGCAAAAUAAAAGAUGAAAAAUAAACAGAAUCAGCCAUUUUCAACAAUUUAUAUUAUUUUUAAAGAAAAUUUUCACUAGUGCAUGGUUUUCAAGGGGAGUGAAUGCAACAUCGUGACUGAAAAAAAAGACAUUGUUUAUCAUUCUUUAGACCAUUCAUGAAUCUGCAUUUUGCAGACAUGCAGAAAAGGGGAACUUAAGAAUUAUUUAACAGAAAAUGUUUAUGUGACAAAAAGUGAUAAUGAAAAUAAAUGUAAAUGAUCUAUUUCAUUGUAAAAGGCUAAUGCCUUAUAAAGAUAAACAUAAUGUGCAAAUUGUACAUGUUUCUCUUUUUCUUCCUUUCCCAGGGUACUUCUCAUCGUACUAUUCAUUGCUACCAUUGUUCAGUCCCCUGACUCGUCCAGAUUUUAGGACUGUUGGUUACUUUACAGUACUGUAUCGUUUCACUAUGUUUGUUUUCUUCCUUCUUUUGGAUUUGGAUUUGUUUAACAAGCAUGUUGAAAAGGGUCUUUUGCAACAUGGCUUGGGCACACCUUACAGUAACUCAGCAUGUUUUGAUAAAGAUGAUAUUUGGAAUUUUUGCAAUUUCUUGUACAGUGCAUGUCAACUUCAUUACUUUUCUCCCUCACCUUAAAUUGAGCUCUAUGGCAAAUUAGUUCUUGGUCUUCCUGGGCCAUUUAUUGAAGUUUUAACAGAACAUUCCACCCCACCCGAAAGUCACAUUUUCUUUCAGGUUUUUGAGGAAAAAAAAGAAGAAAAAAAAUACGACAAGGAAAAUAUUUUAUAUUUAAUGGAUGCUGGCGAAACAGUUGUGAUUGCAAGUGUAUUUUAUUUCAGUAUUGUUGACGAACAUGCAAAAAUAAUCUGUACUGGUACAGCAAAGAGGUCUAUACUGAAUCAAGAGAUGGCAAACAUGCACGACAUGCGUGUUGCCAUGGUUCAAUUUUACAUCACUGUUUGUGAAGAUGAGCUAAUCACAAGUUGAAAUAAUAAGGGAUAUUGCCACAGAAUUUUUUUUUCUUGUUUUAAUGAAAAUGAAAUUACUUUACUAUAUUUUUGUUAGUUUUAUUUAAAAGCCAAGACCAGUUUAUUUUUUAUUUUCUAUUUUUAGUAAUUAACAAUACUUCUCGUGUCUGGGAAGUACAUGAAUCUUAUAGUUGCAGUAUGUCUGAAUGAAACUGAAUUGAGGCAUUGUUCCUUUUCCACGUGAAGAUAAUGCAUUUUAAUGUCAGAGAAAAACCUUGUCGCUUUAACAAGCUACAGUAUAUAUUUUCAUUUUCAUUGUACAUACCUUUAGAUGUCAGAAUUUGAGUAAACAAGCUACCACAAAUAGACUGAUAGAUUCUUUUGGAAGAGGAAAAAUGCCUCAUGAUGACAAAGACAUGUUAUUUAUCCUUUUGAAUGCCUUUUCAUUUUCUCUUUUUGGUGCAAUGUGUUAAUGCCAAGGCUAUGUCUUGGUUAAGUAUGGUUGAGUACAGAGAUUUAUGUAAGUUAUUUUUCAAAUUAAAAAUAAAAAAAAAAUGAUA